UCCUCGAGUUUGGCGCCACCAGAUUCAUCAGGUUUUGUCCUUCCGAUAGCCAACUUGGUGUGGGGAACUUGAGGUGAACGCGAGAACCGAAGAACCGGGAAACUCAUCUGGCCUCUUCAAGAACCUGUUCAAGGGUAUAUUCUGCAUACAUCCAUCAGUUUGUCAAAAGAUCAACGAUGCAUCGUGUAAUUACGCUGCUUUCGAUAGCCGCCCUGUGCAGCGCCUCGAUGCAAUACAUGCCGCCACUAAAGGAGGAGCAUUUAUUCACCGAUCUGCUUCUUCGGGAACUGGUUGACCGUAUGGGAAACGAGUUUAUCGACGUUCCUGAGAACUACAUGGAUUUUCCGUACGGCUCACGAAUGCAGAAUGAUUACGAAAAAGUGAAGGAAAUACCAGGAGAGAUGCCGCUUGACUACGACGGCAUGGACACUCCGAAUCCAAAUCCUAGCAUCCGCGAUCAGGAGUAUUUGCAGCACAGUUCGCUUUGGAGUCAUCAGCGAACCAACGGCAACAACAACGUCAACGACAGGCACAGAAUCCAAGCGGCCGGCUUAAAGGGUGUCAAAGACGAAAAAACUGAGACAAAUUUACCGGCGUACUGCACCCCACCGAACCCAUGCCCCAUUGGCUACACAAGCGAGGACCACUGCAUAACGGAUUUUGAAAACACCGCCGCAUUCAGCCGCGAUUACCAAAGCGCUCAGGACUGUAUGUGUGAUACUGAGCACAUGUUAGAUUGCACUAUUGAAUCUGAAAAUAACAAUGCUCUAUCGAAUGUGCAUAUUUCGAAUUCAGAUUUCGACCAGAUCGUUGAACAAUUUCAGCAUGAAAAUCCAUUUUUCCAAGGAGAAAAGUUACCGAUCGCGGCUAAGAAGGGUAUUAAUGUCGGUUACUAGAUAAUUAUCGACGAUAUCGUCUGAAACUUAAUGUUUUGGGCGCCUUGAACAAAACGUAAUAUCACUAGAUAAAAUUUUUUUGAGCAAUUUAUUGAAAGCGUAUAGCAAAUAGCAAAUUAGUAACAGUAUCAAAAAUCAAGUCAGUGUAUGAAAUUGAUAAGCCAAUGUACACAUUCGAACCAAAUUUCGUACUGAGGAUAUCAUUCUGUUCAACAAACAAUUUUAAAUCUAAUUCUAAUCGAAAUCACGGAGCGACUGGAAUUUUUAAUUAUUUUUAAUUCUCGAAUAACGUGACUCUACUAUAUGUUUUUUAUCGAAGCUGAAAAGCGCUGAAGCCAGCUUUUUUGUUAAGUAUCUCCUAAAUCAUAUAUCAUAUACUAAUAACGGAAAAAUAUCCACAAUAUAAGAGAAUUUAUUGUUUUAUUGAUAGAAUAUAUUUUAUUAUACGUUU